GAGAAGACCGGCAGGCCCCAAUUAGCAUGGCCCCGCCCACCUCGGCCCGUUGCCGUUGCUUGAGCUCCUGCUGGGCCGCGCGCUGCUUGGCCUUCUCCAGGCGGCUGCUGGGACCGUCCUUGCCCUUGGGAGGCGUCCCCUGCUGCGGCAGCGGGAUGGGAGGCGGCGGCAGCUUUUCGCGGCGGGCCCCGCCGGGCUCCAUUUUCUUCCUCCUCCCGCGAAGGAAGAUGGCGGCCGAGGUAGGGACGGCGCAUGCGCCGGGGGAGGAGCGUAGCGGGGGUGGGAGAAGAAGCGCACCUUCGCACGGGAUUGGGGAGGUAGCCGCUCUACCCACCCACUCGUCUCUAUGAUGCGGCGCUCAUACAUGAGGACUGUACGCAUGCGCGAGAACAGGUGCUGCGGUGAUAUCAGAGAUAGGAAUAGUAAGAGUUACACAUUCCAUGAGUUUGGAACGGGCGUUUCCGGGCUCGCUUUGGAUAAAAGCAUUCUUAAAUAUCUCACGUUUAGAGGUGAGAUAUCUCCAUGGAGAAAUCCUUGAUUUUAGCCUAGUUGUGCCCUCUUCUCCCAAAAGAAAAAGGGAAGCCGUUGCCGAGAUUCGGUUGGCCUUCACUAGUGGCCAAGCCUUUAAUGUGAUAGGUCCUGCCCUGCGGAACUCCCUGCGACUAGACCUUUGGCAGGAACCGUCCCUCUUUUGAGAACUGUAUUCAUGCACUCCUCUGCAGCGAUUGGCGUAGCCGCUAGUUUAACAAUGCACUGCCUGAAAGGAGGGUUUAAUCUCUGGGUCGUGCAUUGCAGAGGGUCGGACUAGAUGAUCCUCCUGGUCCCUUCCAACCAUACAAAUCUAUGAGCUGUGAUCUACUUGUGUUCCUUUUGCAUUAAUAGGUAAUACAACUGGUAAAGGCUGCUGAGUUUCUCAUUGUCUUUUUGAGCUUUUGUUGUUGUUUAGUCGUGUCCGACACUUCAUGACCCCAUGGACCAGAGCAUGCCAGGCCCUCCUGUCUUCCACUGCCUCCCGCAGUUUGGUCAAACUCAUGCUGGUAGCUUCGAGAACACUGUCCAACCAUCUCGUCCUCUGUCGUCCCCUUCUCCUUGUGCCCUCCAUCUUUCCCAAUAUCAGGGUAUUUUCCAGGGAGUCUUCUCUUCUCAUGAGGUGGCCAAAGUAUUGGAGCCUCAGCUUCAGGAUCUGUCCUUCCAGUGAGCACUCAGGGCUGAUUUCCUUCAGAAUGGAUAGGUUUGAUCUUCUUGCAGUCCAUGGGACUCUCAAGUGUCUCCUCCAACACCAUAAUUGAAAAGCAUCAAUUCUUCGGCGAUCAGCCUUCUUUAUGGUCCAGCUCUCACUUCCAUACAUCACUACUGGGGAAACCAUAGCUUUAACUAUACUUGAGCUUAGUUUAAUAAAAAUAAAAGUAGUGUAAUAGUUUGGGCAAUGUGCAAGUUGCAAUAUCAGUGUCGUUCCAAUCUCAAGGGCCUUCUGAGGCUGGAGAUCUCUUAGCACCUCUCCUCUGCCUAUUCAACUCCCUAUGCAACACAUUCCAGCCCCUCUUUAGUGCUGUUUCUGGUUUUCAUUUGUACCUCUUUGCCAUUCAUCCUCAUCCAAUCAUGGAAUGGUAGAUUUCGAUGAGACCUCCAAAGGCCAUCUAGUCCAACCCCCUGAGACCCUUGUUGAUUUGCUCCCUGUGCCAAGAAGUUUUAUGGAGAACCACCACGAGGGCCCGACAACACUGAAAAAGCCAUAGCGUGAAACAGAGUCCUGCCCGGGGCUGGAGGGGAUCUGAGGAGACACCUCCAGAACUCCCAUCAUUUUAUUUACAUUUCAUAAAAUUUGCUUGGCCACAAAACAAAACAAACCUCAGAGCAGUUUACAAACGAGAUAAAAUUACCAACAAGAAAAACGACAACAGCGAUUUAAAACUACUGUAUCAGAAAGUUAAAAAUAGCAACAGACUUGAAACAGAUGGAAACUGGCAUCAACCAAUAAUAACAACAAUUUUAUUAUUUAUACCCCACCCAUUUGGAUGGGUUUCCCAAUACCAAUACCCAAUACUUUUUUCUAAAAAAAAAAAAAAAAAGUUUAUGGGUACAGUAUUCUCAUUUUGACUCAAGAAAAUCUCCAUUUUAUAGUUCAAAUCAGGAAAAAUAAACACAGUAAAUGGACAAAAGUACAAAGAUUCACAUGUUUAGGGGGGUGCGUACCCCUGCGUACCUCCAGAAAACAGCACUGCCAAUACUAAUUCUUUCCAGGGAUUUUGCACUAAACAGCCCAGAUUCGCAUUUUGGAUGCGUGUUUAGUUUUAAUGUCAAUUCAGUUGUGUUUGCAUCCUUCCUUUUUUGCGUAUGUCCUUUCUUUUUCUUUUUUAACUUGCACCAACUUUCCUACCACCUGGAUAGGAUUUGGCUAGAUUCCGGAAAGGUUACGUCGAAGGCGUCCGCCCGAUGUCCCUCUGCAGGGAGUUCCAAAGCCUUGGCCCCCUAAAACCGAGUUGUCACAAACGCGGAGAGGCGAUUGUGUGACAUCCCUCGGGGAUGGUGUGAAAACGACGGAGACCGGAAUCCGGCGCCGCCUAGCGGGCCGCGCAGCCUCCACCCAGCCUGCGAUCCCGGCUCGCUUUGUCCAACACGGGAAGGCGGAGCGCCGGCUCUGCUCUUCCGAUCCAUCUCGCCUCUUCUUCUUCGUCCUGCUCCUCCUUUUGCAGCCCGUCGGGGGCGCAGGGAGGAGCCGGAGGUAGAGAAGCAGGAGGCGGAGGCAAGACGAGGCCGGCCGGCGGACGCCUCUCUCCUUCCUCCCGGUCCCUUUGCGCUCCUCUCCGCCGCGGCCCCCUCGCCAUCUCUCCACCGGGCGCGCCGUCCAGGCGCCCAGGUUUGCGCUCCUCUCCGCCGCUGCCCCCUCUCCAUCUCUCCACCGGGCGCGCCGUCCUCCGGAGGAGACACAAAGGGAGCCCGGAGAAGGCGCCUGGCUGCUGGGCCGGGCCGGAUCGGGCCGAGGCGAACCGGGGCAAAGCGGUGGCCGCGGCUGGGGCCAGGUGGUGGCGCGCCAUGGCGGGCGCGUCGGGCGCGUCGUGCAGCCUGAAGGACGAGCUGCUGUGCUCCAUCUGCCUGAGCAUCUACCAGGACCCGGUGAGUUUCGGCUGCGAGCACUACUUCUGCCGCCGCUGCAUCACGGAGCAUUGGAGCCGCCAGGAGGCGCAGGCGGCGCCGGCCCGCGACUGCCCCGAGUGCCGGCGCACGUUCGCCGAGCCGGCGCUGGCGCCCAGCCUCAAGCUGGCCAACAUCGUGGAGCGCUACGCCGCCUUCCCUCUCGACGCCAUCCUGCUGAGCGCGCAGCAGCGCGGCGCCUCCGCCUUCGCGUGCGCCAAGGAGCACGGCAAGGUCAAGCUCUUCUGCCUCACCGACCGCGCCGUCGUCUGCUUCUUCUGCGACGAGCCGGCCGUGCACGAGCAGCACCAGGUCACCAGCCUCGACGACGCCUUCGAGGAGCUCCAGGUGCGCAGAGGGGAGGAGGAGGCCGGGAUGGGGAGGAGGCUGUCUGCUGCAUCCCUGGAGAGAGGAGGGUGCCUGCUGUGUCUCUGUAGGAGCUGGCGGGGAAGGGCGCCUGUUAUGCCCCUGGGAAGCUGGAAGAGGCGUGUCCAGUUGUGGCCUUGUAGGAAGGUGCCCGUUGUGCCCCUGGAGGAGGGGAAGGGGUCCAGUUCCAGCCCCGGAAGGAACUGGAGAAGGGUGCCUGUUGUGCCCUUGGAGGUGGAGAAGAAGGCCUGUUGUGUCCCUGUAUGAGCUGCAGGAGAAGGGUCCCAUGGCGCUUCUGUUGUGCCCAGUGCUAUUUUUCUAGAAGAGGGAACCCUUGUUCUCUUAGACUGGCGCCCACCUGAGAGGUGCUGGAACUGAGUUAUUGAGAUCUUGGACUGAGAAAAAAAAAGCCCUGGUUGUGCCCAUAUAGUCCAGCAUCCUGUUCUCGCAGUGGCCAAACAGCAGAGCCAUUGUGGCUAGAAGCCUCCCCUCCUCCAUGAAUUUGCCCAGUCCUUUUUUAAUGCCAUCUAGGUUGGUUGUCACGACCGCCUCCUGUGGCGGGGAGUUCCGUAGUUUAACUCUGCGCUGUGUGAAUAACUGCCUCAUUCUGGGAGGGCCCCUGAGCUCUGCAGCGGGAGCAGGGUAGGGGUGCGAGACCCACCCUGGACGAUGUCGAAGCUGCGGGCACUGCAUCACCUCCUUGCCGCCCGUCUAUUUUUCAGAGGGAACUUAAGGAGCAGCUGCAGACUCUGCAGGACAGCGAGCGCGGCCACACAGAAGCCCUGGCUCUCCUGAAACGUCAGCUAGCCGAGACAAAGGUAAAGGCUGGGGUGGUGGUUUGGCAGGCCCCAAAGUUGUACCUGGGUGAUGGCAGAAGGCUCCUGAGCAAAACCCACCAUUGCCUACGCUGAGUUACAGGCAGGUGACAUUCCUCAUCCUAGCUGGUGCCUUUGGAGUUUGAACCUGGGACCAAGGUGUCUCCUGCUGAGCUAUAGCCCUCCCCUAAAAACAGAGUAAUAUUCUAGUCCUCAUUGUUCCGGACAAAGAGCUGGUUUAAAUAAGAAGUUCCCUUAUACCGAAUCAAGCCUUUGGUCCAUCUAGGUCGGUAUCGCCAACACUGACCAACCAGGGUUUUAGUCUGGGGAGACAGUCCCAGCCCUGUCAGGACAUGUUGCCAAGAAACGACACCUGGGACCUUCAUGCUUAGGUCUGCAUGCUAAGAUGAUGCUCUGCCCUUGAGCUGUGGUCCUUUCCUCAAAAAAUAAAAAUAAAAAUACAGGCUCCUAGUCCUCAAGGCCCUGAACAAAUGGUGUGACUUAAGCUCUGUGGUAUCUGGAGGGCCACAGAUUUCCCCCCUCUUGAUUUUAAGUAAACGGGGUUUCUAUAAAUGCCAGUUUGUCUCUUCACCCCUGAAAAUUUUGACUUGUGUUCUAAGACUGCAAACCAAUACUAGAGAUUUUUCACCUGUUUUGCUCCUGCCUUCUGCUAAAAGGAGCCCUUUAAAAACUUCCCAUGCUAGUUUAAAGCCUGCUAGUUGUUGAUAUCAGCUGCGGAAGAGAUUUUGAAGCCUCAGGUGUCUGCCUUCUCACUAAAUGAAUAGCCCUCUUGUUUUGUGGGGACUGAAGGGAGCUGGGAACAUUGCUCAGAUCCGAUCGCUCCCCCCAGAGUGCAAAUACUGCAGCGCUUUCGGAUAAAAAGGUUUGUGGUGGUGGCGCUUCUCAUGUUUCGACAUCCAAGGCCCCUUUGCUGACAGUCGCUCGGGUGCUAAGCAUGCAGAAGCAUACAAGGGAGGUUUCUUACAGUGAGACAGACCAUUGGAGUCCACCAGGCUCGACAUUGCCUUGCAGAAAAGGCUGUAGCUCAUUGGCCGAGCAUCUGUGCAAGGCUCCUGGUUCAGUCCCCAAAGACAUCUUUGAGAGACCACUGCCUGGAAAACUGGAGAGCCUCUGCCAGUCAGAGUAGGCAGCACUGAGCUAGUUGGGCCAAUGGUCCGGAUGCGUCACCUGCCUGUGUCUGCAGCAAGGGCUUGGGAACCUGCAGCUCUCCUGAUGUUACAGAAUCAUAGAAUUGUGGAGCUGGAAGGAACCCCUAAGGGUCAAAUGCAGGAAUCACAACCAAGGAAUCCCUGACAGGUGGCUCUGUUGCUGGACUCCAGCUCCCAAGAGCCUCUGCCACUGUGGCCAGUGUUUAGUGGUAGUUCCGGAAUAUCUGGACGAGCACCUGAUCCUCAUCCCUGAUUGACCGUGACUUUCUGUCCAGGGGUUUGCGAUGGAGAGGAUGUCCCUGUACAGUGGUACCUCGGGUUACAUACGCUUCAGGUUACAGGCUCUUCAGGUUACAGACUCUGCUAACCCAGAAAUAGUACCUCGGGUUAAGAACUUUGCUUCAGGAUGAGAACAGAAAUCAUGCUGCAGCGGUGCGGCGGCAGCGGGAGGCCCCAUUAACUAAAGUGGUGCUUCAGGUUAAGAACAGUUUCAGGUUAAGAACGGACCUCCGGAGCAAUUAAGUCCUUAACCCGAGGUACCACUGUAUUAAGGGACACAGGAGGUGCUGUGGGUUAAACCACAGAGCGUAGGGCUUGCUGAUCAGAAGGUCGGCGGUUCGAAUCCCUGCAACAGGGUGAGCUCCCGUUGCUCGGUCCCUGCUCCUGCCAACUUAGCAGUUUGAAAGCACGUCAAAGUGCAAGUAGAUAAAUAGGUACUGCUCCGGUGGGAAGGUAAAUGGCGUUUCUGUGUGCUGCUCUGGUUCGCCAGAAGCGGCUUAGUCAUGCUGGCCACAUGACCCGGAAGCUGUACACCGACUCCCUCGGCCAAUAAAGCAAGAUGAGCUCCGCAACCCCAGAGUCGGUCACGACUGGACCUAAUGGUCAGGGUCCCUUUACCUUUACCUUUUACCACUGUAUUACCUGAAGGUGCUGCUGAGGUUUGAAGCUGGCGCAUUCUGCAAAUGGAGCUGGGCAUCUACCGCUGACCUGCAGCCCUUCUUUUAAGGCAGGGAUGGGGAACCUGUGUCUCUCCAGAUGUUCCUGGAUUCGAACUCCCAACAGCCAGCAUGGGCAGUGGUCAGGGAUGAAGGGAGUUGAAGGAGGCCGUCCACAUCUGGAGGGCCCAGGGUUCUCCAUCCCUUCAUUAAAAGCCUAAUUAUAACAAUACCAAUUUAUAAUACAAUUACUAAUAUCAAUCAUUUAAAUACCAAAUUAUAUAAUUUAGAUAAAGUGGGCCCCCACCACGUGCUAGAAUUGAUGAUUUUCUUUAUUUCUGCAUUCCAAAAUCUUCCUGAUUUCAGUUACAUUCCAGUCAUAAUAAUACAACAGCUGCAAUAUUUAUAAUUUCUAUUUGUGUUGACACAUUAAAUGAUUUAUGAAACUACAAGUGAGGAUCUCAAAACUAUAUCCUUGUUCUUCCUGUGUGUGACAUUUAUUCCGUCCAUGGUGUUUCUUCCUGUCCUUGUAAAAUGGGAUAUACCGUAUUUUUCGCUCGAUACAACGCACCCGACCAUAGGACGCACCUUGUUUUAGAGGGGGAGAACAAGGAAAAAAAAAAUCCCCCUCUCUGCUCAGCACCCCUUCAGCGAAGCGGCAGGAGAAACGGAGCCCCUUCCAUUUUUCCUCCCGCUUUGCUGAAGGGGCGCUGCACAGCUCUCCCUCUCUGCUGAAGCCAGGAGAGACUUGCUCUCCCGGCUUCGGCAAAAGGAACCCGAAGCCUUCGGAGAGAGUUCCUGCUGCGCUCCAAAAUCUUCAGGCGGCUAUCCCUGAAGCCUGGAGAGUGAGGGGUUGGUGCGCACCGACCCAUCUCGCUCUCCAGGCUUCAGCGAGCUAGCGAAGCCUCCGGAGCGCGGAGGGAGCUCUCCCUCUGCGCUUCGGAGGGUUUGCGUUGCUAUCGCUGAAGCCAAGGAGCCUGCAUUCGCUCCAUAGGACGCAUACACAUUUCCCCUUCAUUUUUGGAGAGGAAAAAGUGCGUCCUAUAGAUAAAAAAAUACGGUAUAUAUUUCCCCGGUUGUUGCUGUGAUCUGUCACGCCUUGGGCAAAGCUGAUAUCCCAUUAUUGUUCCAGAGAUUUCUCCAUCACUCAGUCCCAUGCUUGGUUAUUUUGCAACUUUAAAGUCACACCUCUCAUCAAAAUGGGAGGUCUCUUUCCCCACCCCGUCCCCCACGCAGACAGCUUUAAACAAGUCGCAAGAUCCGCAAGAUCUCCGUCUUCGCACAACAACCUUGCAGGGCGGUAUCGAGGCGAUCGCGGGUCUUCGUCAAGGGAAGCCAAGCUCCACCCGUGACUUGCCUGCAUCUCAUUCUCUCCCCGCAGUCCUCCGCCAAGAGCCUGCGGGCCACAAUCGGGGAGGCGUUUGAACGGCUGCACCGCCUGCUCCGCGAGCGCCAGAAGGCCAUGUUGGAGGAGCUGGAGGCAGACACGGCCCGGACUCUGACGGACAUCGAGCAGAAGAUCCAGCGCUACAGCCAGCAGCUCCGCAAAGUCCAGGAGGGUAGUCAGAUCCUCCAGGAGCGGCUGGCCGAGGCGGACAAGCACUCCUUCCUGGCCGGCAUUGCGUCCUUGUCCGAGAGGUAGGGUGAGUUACGCGGGCGGCUGACAGCAGGGGGAGUUUGGGAGCCCAGGGUUAGAGCAGCCUUCCCCAGCUGCGUCAAACUAAGCAUCAUUCAUAGGAACACAGGGAGGCUGCUGGACCAGCCCAGCUUCCCAUUCUCACAGGGAGCAAACAAUUUAACCCCUGUGUUGCAAACAGUAGUCAGUAAUAUCCAAGGCAACACCAUGACCAAAUGCAAUGAUACGAUAUCAAUAUACACUCUUUAUAUAAUAUGAAAUACAGUAGUACCUCGGGUUACAUACGUUUCAGGUUACAUACGCUUCAGGUUACAGACUCCACUAACCCAGAAAUAGUGCUUCAGGUUAAGAACUUUGCUUCAGGAUGAGAACAGAAAUUGUGCUCCGGCGGCGCGGCGGCAGCAGGAGGCCCCAUUAGCUAAAGUGGUGCUUCAGGUUAAGAACAGUUUCAGGUUAAGUACGGACCUCCAGAAUGAAUUAGGUACUUAACCCGAGGUACCACUAUAUAUGAAAUCACUUAAAGAAAAAACUUAUGGAUCUCUGAAAGUCACGAAAUAUGCACUCUUAAUGGAUUCUCUUGAAAACGUGAAACCAAAUAAACAUAAGCCUUAUAAGUCUCUGAAAGUCUUUGAAGACUAUGCAGGUCUCUGGAAGAAGCAAUGUAUCAGAUUCUUAUCUGGUGAAAACAUGCUGUAAAGCUUUGUUUAUGGCAUCCAACGCUGCCAAAGUAGUUCGCAAACAGACGCUGUGAACAGUGAUUCCGGAUAUACCCGCUGUUUCGUGGAAUUUUUCUUCAUAACUUUAUGAACGCUCCUCCAUAGCAAUUGUGGUUAUACUUUUCCAUUCACCAUAUAGAUGGGUUUAUGAAGCAUUUCUGUAUCCUUCUGCUGUGCUGAAGAAGAAUUCCAUGGAACAGUGGGUAUAUUCUUUCAGAGACUUGCAUAGUCUUCAAAGACUUUCAGAGACUUAUAAGACUUAUGUUUAUUUGGCUCUAUGUUUUCAAGAGAAUCCAUCAAGAGUGCAUAUUUUGUGACUUUCAGAGAUUCCUAAGUUUUCUGAUUAUGUGAUUUCAUAUAUUUCAUAUUAUAGUGGUACCUCGGGUUACAUAUGUUUCAGGUUACAUACGCUUCAGGUUACACACUCCGCUAACCCAGAAAUAGUGCUUCAGGUUAAGAACUUUGCUUCAGGAUAAGAACAGAAAUCGUGCUCCGGCAGUGCAGCAGCAGCAGGAGGCCCCAUUAGCUAAAGUGGUGCUUCAGGUUAAGAACAGUUUCAGGUUAAGAACAGACCUCCGGAACGAAUUAAGUACUUAACUUGAGGUACCACUGUAUAUAAAGGGUGUAUAUUGAUAUCGUAUCAUUCUAUUUGGUCAUCGUGCUGCCUUGGAUAUUACUGACUCACGGGGCCAGCCAGAUACUCCAGUGGGAGACCUGCAAGCCGGACCUCAUUAAAACAGCAACUGUGUUCCUUCGUUCUUUCAGCUUGAUGCUUAUUCACAGCUAUACAAAAAUACAAACCCAUUGCAAAGCAUCUUUUUUUAUAAUAUACUAAAAUAAAACAGCUACUUUUUAUGCUAUAUUAAGAUAAACAGUCUAAAAAAGGACAAAAGUCAGAAAGAAAAGAGAAGUACUGUAAAAGAGAGAGAGAGAAGGGAAAGAGGAAAAACUAAAGGUGUGUUUUCCAGCAAUGGUUAUUCAAAAGCAUCACUGCCUCGGGCCAUGGAGGCAGAGUACAGCCACUGUGUCUAGCAAACAUCAAGUAGACCCAUUGAAAGUGUGUGCAGCCCACGUGCUCCUUGCUCACCCUGGUUCUCUUCCUCCUCACAAGGCUCAAGGGCAAGAUCCACGAAACGAACCUCACAUACGAGGACUUCCCCACCUCCAAGUAUAUGGGGCCCUUGCAGUACACGAUCUGGAAAUCUCUUUUUCAGGACAUCCACCCAGGUGAGCUAAUGUGUUUGCUUCAUUUCUGAAUUGCUUCCUGUAAAACUAUCCCGAUUUUAACAGUGAACGGCCGCAACAAAAUCAGCAUUAUAUGACAGUUGCAAGUCUGAGGCAGAUGUAGACUGGGAUAAAAGAUCUCCACUUCAAAGGUGUUGUUGGGAAAGGAAGGUUCUUACUGUUGGUGCAAGGGAAAAAAAUAGGUAUAAAAGUAGAAUGCCGCAAUCCACGUUUGGUGAGAGAACCCCAGAAGAGAUUUAAAAUCACAAAGCACGCAGCAAAGUAAAGCAUGGAAUUAGAGGUUGUUAGACCGUUGAAAUAUGCCCUUGUGAGUUUCAGAACUCCCCUCACAUCUAAAAAGACCACAUGUUUGGGAAAUUAAAAAUGGUAUACUUACAAACUCUCCAAAGGUCAUAUUCAUGUGCUUUUCCAUACAGCAGUCAGAAAAAGUUGCCGAGGCAGUAAAACUUGGCUUAGUUACAGUGGUGAAAGUUUAAAAUAUUGGUGGGUGCCACUACCGAGAAGGCAUUUGGCCUGGUUCCCUGUAACUUGGCUUCUCGCAGUGAGGGAACCGCCAGAAGGCCCUCGGAGCUGGACCUCAGUGUCCGGGCAGAACAAUGGGGGUGGAGAUGCUCCUUCAGGUAUACAGGACCGAGGCCAUUUAGGGCUUUAAAGAUCAGCACCAACACUUUGAAUUGUGCUCGGAAACAUACUGGGAGCCAAUGUAGGCCUUUCAAGACCGGUGUUACGUGGUCUCGGUGGGCGCUCCCAGUCACCAGUCUAGCUGCCGCAUUCUGGAUUAGUUGUAGUUUCCGGGUCACCUUCAAAGGUAGCUCCACAUAGAGUGCAUUGCAGUAGUCCAAGCGAGAGAUAACCAGAGCAUGCACCACUCUGGCGAGACAGUCUGCGGGCAGGGAGGGUCUCAGCCUGCGUACCAGGUGGAGCUGGUAGACAGCUGCCCUGGACACAGAAUUAACCUGUGCCUCCAUGGACAGCUGAGAUUCCAAAAUGACUCCCAGGCUGCGCACCUCGUCCUUCAGGGGCACAGUUACCCUAUUCAGGACCAGGGAGUCCUCCACACCCGCCUGUCUCCUGUCCCCCAAGAACAGUACUUCUGUCUUGUCAGGAUUCAACCUCAAUCUGUUAGUCACCAUCCAUCCUCCAACCGCCUCCAGGCACUCACACAGGACCUUCACUGGUUCUGAUUUAAAGGAGAGGUAGAGCUGGGUAUCAUCUGCAUACUGAUGAACACCCAGCCCAAACCCCCUGAUGAUCUCUCCCAGCGGCUGCAUGUAGAUGUUGAAAAGCAUGGGGGAGAGGACAGAACCCUGAGGCACCCCACAAGUAAGAGCCCAGGGGUCUGAACACUCAUCCCCACCACCACUUUCUGAACACUGCCCAGGGAGUCCGUCCAACCAAACGGUGUAGAAAUAUUACAAAAUGAAUAAAUAGUAACAUAUUUCUCCCCGCAGUGCCUGCCACCCUCACGCUGGACCCCUCCACAGCCCACCAGCGCCUCAUCCUCUCCGACGACUGCACCAUCGUGGCCUACGGCAACCUGCACCCGCAGCCGCUGCAAGACUCCCCCAAGCGCUUUGACGUGGAGGUCUCGGUGCUGGGCUCGGAGGCCUUUGGCGGCGGGGUGCACUACUGGGAGGUGGUGGUCUCGGAGAAGACGCAGUGGAUGAUCGGCCUGGCGCACGAGGCCGUCACGCGCAAGGGCAGCAUCCAGAUCCAGCCCAGCCGCGGCUUCUACUGCAUCGUCAUGCAUGACGGCAACCAGUACAGCGCUUGCACGGAGCCCUGGACCCGGCUGAACGUCAAGAGCAAGCUGGAGAAGGUGGGCGUCUUCUUGGACUACGACCGCGGCCUCCUGAUCUUCUACAACGCGGACGACAUGUCCUGGCUGUACACCUUCCGGGAGCGCUUCCCGGGCAAGCUCUGCUCCUACUUCAGCCCGGGGCAGAGCCACGCCAACGGGAAGAACGUGCAGCCGCUGCGGAUCAACACUGUCCGCAUUUAAGGGCUGCCGACUGGGUGGGGGAACCGUCAGCGGCACGGCACUGACUGUUGUGAGCCGUGAUGCCUGACUCCUGGGGGUCCCUCCCAACUCUACCAUUCUGUGGUUCUGUUCUUGACUGGCAGAACACAGGGGUGAACACGCAGGGUUCCUUGCUUGAGCUUCCGGAAGAGCGGGGCUUUUCAAUUAGGGACAGAAAACUGGUGUGAGGUCCACCAGGGGAGGGGAGUCGGGAUUCUUGCUUGCGGCGUUUCUGGGUGCUGCCCCUCGACGCAGCUUGGUGGGCGGCCGGAGAUGGUGCAGUGAGGUGGGCCAGUUGAGGAACGAGGCGCUUUUGUGAGGGAACAGAGCUCUGAACUUUUCUUUCCCGGCAAAGUCUGCGUGGCGCAGAUUCCAGGCCCACAGGCAGGUGCAUGUAGCAGAACGAAACCUCGCGGCCCCCACCGCUGGCUGGUUUAAGUGGGAACGGGUUUAUGUCUGUAUGGACUUGUAUUAGUUGGUCUGAUUUCCUGUUUGGGGAGGCUGGGAGGAAAAUGGCGUCUGGGGAGCACCGGGGAGGGGGAGGAAAGAAGGAAACGGUGAAAUAAAUGGAACGUUUGGACCCCACACCUUGCUGGAUGUUUUGUGGGGUGUGCAGAUUGGUGGUGUUGUUGUUUGCAGUGUCAGGCUAGGACUAGGGAGACCUGGGUUCAAAUCUGUGGUCUGUUCUCUUCCCCAGCCAUGGGCCAAUCAUAAUCUCUCAGCGCGACCUACCUCGGAGGGUUGUUGUGAGAUUAUGGGAGAGUCUUGGGAUGGAACAUGACUGCCGCCCUGAGAUCCUUGAAGCUGCCUUGGAGCGAGUCGAACCACUGGUUCCCCACCCCUGCAUUAAAGGAAAGCGUUGAGCUCAGGGCAGGGCAGGCAAGUGAUGGUCCAGUUCAGGGACGAUGGUCUUCCAGAGACUCCAAACGAUCAGAGAUUAUGGGAGUUGUCCCAUGCUAACAUUUGCACGGUUGAAGAUUCCUUGUCCCUGUGUUUAAAGAAGCCAUAGUUGCAUUGGAGGCAGCUAAGGACAGUGAAGGCAAGUGAUGGUCCAGUUCAGGGAUGAAGAGCUUGUAGUUCUCAAGAAAUUGCUAGACUCCAACUCCCAACAGCACCAGCCAGCCUGGCCUAUAUUCAGGGAUGAUGACUAGCAUGAUGGCAGCUAGGGGCAGCGAAGGCUAGUGACGGUCCAGUUCAAGUAUGGAGAGCUUGUGGUUCUCAAUAAAUUGCUAGACUCCGGCUCCCAGCAUCUGGGAGCCAUGAGGCCCUUUUGCUGGAUUGUUGCUGCUCAGUGGUGGAGUAAGGUAAAGGUAAAGGGACC